AUGGAGGAUUCUGAAGGCUCUCCUUCUACUUUAGCUGGUUUUACGGAUAGGAGAAGGAGAAGCUCUAAGCUUCGUCGACCCCGAGAUAUAAAAGCGAGCUUGCAGAGUUUCACUUUUAUGCCUUCCUCAACACAUGUAAACAUUGCUCCUACCAAUGAAGCUAACCCGAGUAUUAGGAACGGUGAUAGCAAUUGUGGAUCUACAAGUGAGAACAAACUGAAACUGAAGCUUAAGCUUGGUGGUGGUGUUACUCGUACAUUCCAAACCAACUCAGAGGCGGGUAUAUAUACUAAAGCUACGGAUGACGGACGGAAGCCGUUUCAAAAGAAGGUAAAAGGCAAUGUACCAGAGCAGAGACAUGUUCAGAAAACUAUGUAUCUAGGAGAGAUCCAUCAAUCUAGAGUAUAUCCCUCUGAGACUUUGAAUGGAGCAUCCUUGUGCGAAAAGAGCAAACGAGGUCUUAAGAAACGUGUACUGGAUGCAGAACUAGACAGUGAUGAUGAUGGAGAUGAGGAAAUCAGAUACCUCGAAAAGUUAAAGUCUAAAAGGGUCACCAGGGACUAUCAUGAAGGUAAAGAAAGUGAAGGACACAUCUCGGAAGACAAAGAACUUCUCUCAUCAGACAAACAUGGUGUACCUGAAAAGAAAAAGAUGAGGAUGGGAAUGGUUGAUUCAACAAGUGGCCAGAUUCCUACUACACGAACUCGGGCCUUGCAAUCUGGAAAAGAUCAGUAUUCUGUCAUUGGGUCGGGUCCUCUUGAAUUUCCUGAUGGCUUACCUUGCAUCUCUUCCAAAAGACAAAAACAGAAGCUUUCUGAGGUAGAGCAACAAUCCAAAAAGGAGGAAGCUGCACAGAGACGGCGAAUUCAGUCUGAGAAGGCUGCCCAAGAAGCCGAGGCUGAAGCUAUCAGGAAAAUACUCGGGCAAGAUUCAGGGAGAAAGAAAAGAGAGGAGAAAAUUAAAAAACAACAGGAAGAAAGAGCUCAGGAGAGAGCUGCAAGAUCAAGCACACUCGCAUCAAACACAGUCAGAUUGGUUAUUGGUCCAAGUGGAACAACUUUGACAUUUUCUGAAGACAUUGGUCUUCCAGAUAUCUUCAAGCCGAUUACUUACAGUUAUCCUCCUCCGCGUGAGAAAUGUGUAGGGCCGAAUUGCGAAAAAACGUACAAGUACAGAGAUGCAAAGUCGAAGCUACCUCUAUGCAAUUGGAUCUGUACGGUUCGGAUAAAGGAUGAUUCGUAUCCAAGUCCUGGACUUACUGUUAAUGUAUUUAGUAACAAACCUGAACAGCUUCCUCGUAUCAGGAACCAAGAGGACAUUAUUCUGUUUAUACGCAUCAAGAUGAAAUCUUUCGACGGUGGAAAAGGAGUAAAUGCUGCCUGUAAUAAAACGGUUUCUUCCUUUGCGGUAUAUGAAAGAAGUACAAGCAAGGAUUUUGUAUGUUACCAACGCACUUCGAAUUUUCACGAAGAAGCACAAUACAAGAGUUACAUAGCUGAUUUACACAGAUUGCUUGCCAGUAGUAGCAGAGUUGAUCAAGCUUUGCAGAGUGAAUCUUACGGAACAAUAGCUGAAACUGAAGGAAAUUUUUCAUUUUUGAGAGAGAUCAAGCAAGGAAAAUGCUUUGAUUUGGUGUGCAAGAUUCUCCAUGUCAAUGAAGAUAUGACCGACAUUUUUGUUUGGGAUGGAACUGAUGCACCCCCAGCACCUAUAUUAGCAUAUGAGAUUGAAGAAGGGGAAUUAAGCAGUCUCUCAGUUAAAUAUUCUCUUCUCUCAAGAGAUAUAUUGCUCGGCUUUCCCACUGUUGGAACAAUCUUGAGAGUAUCUUUAAGCAGUCAUCUUUAUCAUUGGGUUAAACCUGGUGAGUGGGUGAAACUUUAUCAUUUACUCUGUGAAGUUGACAAUGGAUCUUGGAUAGGUAAAGCUACUGAUUCUACAGAGGUUCAGCUCGCUCGAGAUGAACGUUUAGUACAAAAGAUCACGAGGAUUUAUGAUAAGAGAAUGUCAUCUAAGUUGGGACACAUUCCAUUUUGGAGUUUUCCGUCGCCUCCUGGACUAACAGAGACAGAUAAUAUUCAAGCCCCAUUUGUUACACUGAUGGACAUCAUAACAUUCCCCAAGGUUACAUAUAAGUACAGCUGCAUUGUUCGUUUUGUAGCUGCACACCCUUCUCAAGUAGAGGAUUUAUGUUCAAAUGAGAAUAGCGGUCACCGAGUCUUGUUUACCCUGGAGGAUCCAACAGCCACUUUAGACGCUUUCUUAUGCGAUAAAGAUGCAGAGUACUUUUGGGGCUUAGGGUUUCAAAACACAGACAUGUUGAGGAACAAGUGGAAUCAGUUGCUCGGAAUAACAGAAAGCUCAAAGUGUGUGACUCCAAGAAAUCCACCAUGGAUCGAGUGUUGCAUCCUCUCCUACUAUACCCAUAAAGCUGACCCUUGGAAAACCAGAUUCUACAAAAUCUUUGCUACUCGCCUUCUUGAUUAA